AGGUUCAGCUUUCAAACCCUCCCAGUCACCCACAAAACCAGGAUUUGUUGGUCAGCAGAGCUAUAUACCCGAAGGUGAGUUUUAAUCAUAUGAGGAAACCAACUGCUGCUACUCAAGACAGCAACUUUUUAGUUCUUGAAAGUCUUCUGAAAUAGAAGACAUGAUGCCCCCCAACAAAACCCAAGACAACCCGAAGUUUGUCUGAUAAUAAAUAAAUAGUGGAACAAGACAUGUUAUGGCUUGGAAAAAAAAAUAAAAAAAAGACAAGACAGUUAAGCUGACGUUUCUGCCAGAUGCUGUCUUUUAAUUAAGUUUGAUGAAAAUGGGGAAGGAAUUGAAUUUCAUGUCCAUGAUGCAGUGGCAUUAAAGUUAAGCCUUAGUGCUGUUAAAGCCAUGGUGCUGCUAAGAAAGGUAGAGCUAAUGGAUUUAAUAUUAAAGUUUUAUGGAUGAACAGUAACUUUUCAAGUACAAAGUUUCACCUACAGAAAAACUUUCAGACAGAAAAGACAGAUAAAUUUGAACCAAAUAUAUUACUUAAAUGUUAGAAUAUUUCUGUUUAAUGGAGAAACUAUUUCUUGUAUGUAAAUUUAAAAAGUGAUAUUUUAAAAGAAGCACAUCUUAUUUAGAAAUAGCUUGAUUAAAUAACAAUUACGGAAGAAUAAAAUUUUACCCAUAGAAUGGUAUUUCUAAAUUUACAUUUAAUAUCGUAAAAACGUAUUGGUUGUAGUAACUUACCAAUACUUAAGCUAGAUACCAAGAAUUAAAAUCAAGAAGGAGGCAGACUUAAAUUUAGAUGGUUUAUUUGAAUUUAUCAUUUCAGGAAUUUUGUAAAUGUAUUUAUAUAAUUGUAAGAAAAUGUUAAUAAUACCUGGCUUAUGAACCCAAUUAUGCAAAAUUAAAUUAAGAAAUUUAGGUUGAUUCAUGAGAGGUUUUUUUGGUAGCGUUUUUUGGUGCAGGUUAUUUUAUGCAAUUUCAACCUUUUAUUUUUAGUAGAUAAACUUUCUCCAUUCAUUAGUCAUUUAUCACUUAUGAUUUUAAACCUGUAAAAAAUCCUAUUGAGUUAUAAGCACAUUUAGUUUUACACUGUAGUAAAUACUAUUUAUUUAUAUAUAUAUAUAUAUAUAUAUAUACGAGCAAUAUUUCUUAGUAAAGCUCAAGAUGUCAGUAUUUAAUGUAUGUCUUCAUUAUGUGUUUCAUUCAUAGAUGUUUGUUGUGUUUCGUGGCUUGGCCAUGGGCACUUUGUACAUUGGUGGGUGGACGGGUUUGUGUGUGGUCAGUUAGCAAGCCAUGGGCACUUAGUACAUUGGUGGGUGGGCGGGUUUGUGUGUGGUCAGUUAGCAAACCAUAACGUUGUACGGCUAGGUUUUACUUGUGCUUUCUCUUUCAUCCAUGAAUUCAUUGUUGACGCAAUGUUGUGGAGGCUGGCAGUAUUAUUAGAUCAUUUUUUUUCAAUGUGACAACAUGUCAUGUUUUCUUGACUAUUUCAAUUUAAAUUAAACAACCUCUAACAAAGUUUUGGGUAUAAAGCCUUCAUGAAAUGUAACAUCUAGCAAUCGCGGGGUGUGGCUGAAAAUGUCACAAAACAUGCAUUCAAGUGACGCACUUCAUAAGAAUCAAUAUGUGUUCCACCCCCUUCACAGCUAUUUCCGUAAAACAAUACAAAAUAAAAUCUUACUCACCACACGCACUUGCAAUAUUUUAAAGAAUCUCAUUUCGCAGCACUUGCAAUAUUUUAAAGAAUCUCAUUUCGCAGCACUUGCAAUAUUUUAAAGAAUCUCAUUUCGCAGCACUUGCAAUAUUUUAAAGAAUCUCAUUUCGCAGCACUUGCAAUAUUUUAAAGAAUCUCAUUUCGCAGCACUUGCAAUAUUUUAAAGAAUCUCAUUUCGCGCAGUCAUCAGGAAUUUUAUUUUGUGGGAAAAAAGGUAGCAUCUGGUAAUGUUGAAACUGAUUUUUGUGGGGGUGAGAAUGGGGUUAAAAAUUUGAUAGAAUAUGUUGUCGUCUGCAACGAGUCUGUGAGCCAAGUUUCAGCUCCAUAGGUUGACAGGAAGUGGUUCAAUUAAACCUUCCGAAGAUUUCACCACAAACCCAGAAAGAAGCACACAAACAAGAGCGAAGUUAAUUUAAAGGUUUCAAAAAGUGUUUGAGAUGUUCACUUAAAAUUGAAAGGAUACCAACGUUGUUUUUUUUUUAAAUUAAAAGGAUCACAUUCUGAACAGCUUUAAUUGUGAAUUUUUAAAAAUAUUAAUAUCAAGUUAAUAUUGCAAAUAUUUAUGUGGAAGCUAAUUUUGUGAAGUAAAAAAAAUAAAAUUUUAUAAUAAGUUAGCAUCUUUUUUUCUUUUUUUUUUUUUUAAAUUUUAAUAUUUGACAAAGCUGCUCUCUACAAUUAAAUUUAGUGGAAUAUCCUUAGAACAAUUUUUAACUUAAAUUUAGUAAUGUUCCCGUUAGUUUUAAAAUGUGCUCAAAUAAUCUACCAACUCUGUUGAAGGUUGAUCAAGUCUUAACAUGUUUUCUUUUCUGAUGAAGUAAACUAGUGAUAUUGAAUAAUGGCUGUAACAUUAUUGAUUGUUCCAUCCUUCUGUUUUAUUAUGAAGGCAGCCAUCUCAUUUUUUCUUUCUUCUUAACAUUCCAUGUAGACUACUGUUUAAUUGGAUUAUCCUUUGUUUUUAUAUCCAUUUUGAAACUCAUAUUUUUAUUUCAAGGGGCAAAAAAACAAACAAAACAAUACAAGAAACUUCACAGCUUUUCUUUCAAGCGCACAAGGUCAUUUUGAAUAAUUUUUUUUUUUUUUUUUUAAACAUGAAGAAGACAUUUUUGAAAAUUAUUGUAGGACCCUGUAACAUGCAAAUGUAGAUAUUUUUAAAAGUGUUAAUUCGAGCAGCAAGAGGCUUAGGGUGUUUGUGUAGUUAUAUGAUUAAAGUAAAUAGAAGAGGUCCAGUAUGUGUUUGCCAUGAAAGCAUGAGAUAUAAAAGAAGAAGAGGUCCAGUAUGUGUUUGCCAUGAAAGCAUGAGAUAUAAAAGAGAGUAUAUUCUUUAGAUGUAUCAGUAAGUGGAAAGGUCCAGUUGAUUAGAAAUUGACGUCAGUAAGUGGAAAGGUCCCAUUUGAUUUGAAAUUGACGUCAGUUAGUGGAAAGGUCCCAGUUGAUUUGAAAUUGACGUCACGCACGAUCGUUUGUUCUCAUUGAAUUUGUUUUGAUUUGUGUCGUUAUAUUGGGCAAUAAUUCAUCAGCCAACCAUUGACAAUUGACACAAUCCUGGUUGUCUCCCUCUACCUAAUGUCUAAUAUAAUUUAUUUUUACUUCUACUUCGUAGCUUGCAAACGGAAAGAACUAGAUGUGGAUAAAUCACCAGAAGAAAACCGGCCCCCUAAGAAGCCUCGGUUGGUGUUCACUGAUAUUCAGAGACGUACGCUUCAUGCCAUUUUCAAAGAGACCAAGCGACCCAGUAAAGAGAUGCAACAGACAAUCGCCCAACAGCUUGGGCUGGAGGUCACAACGGUGGCCAACUUCUUCAUGAAUGCACGGAGGCGAUCAUUGGAUAAAUGGCAAGAUGACAACGGAAACAACAAUCGUGAAAGCGUGUCGGCGUGCAAUAAAAGCUAACCAUAAAAGCUGGGACAUUUUCUCCUGUGUCAUGGUGAGGUGUCUUUUAUUUUUUUUUUGAUACUGUGUUGUCAUCACAUGACCCAUGUGUGUACCAGGACAACUGUCACAUGACAUCAUGUCUUUACAAAACUUUGUAGUUUAUUCAGUCAAACUGAAGCGAUGCACGUCCACUAUUUGAAUACAGUAAGAUAUUGAUGACGAUGAUUUAUACAAGUGUUGCUGUUAUUUUCAACUGAUC